AUGGGGCAUUCUGAAUGGGAUCACAAACGAGGACCCAGAGGCUCACAGUCUUCUGGUACCAGUAUCACAGUGGAUAUCGCAGUCAUGGGAGAAGCACAUGGGCUCAUUACAGACCUUCUGGCAGAUCCUUCGCUGCCCCCCAACGUGUGUACUUCGCUGAGAACAGUGAGCAACCUGCUCAAUACGCAGCUAACUUUCCAGGCCAUCCACAAGCCAAGGGUGAACCCUUUGGUGUCCUUCAGUGAGAACUACACCUGCUCUGACUCAGAGGAAUGUCCAGAGAAGGGAGAGAAACUAGCUAUUCCCAAGCGCUUGCGGAGAAGUUUGCCUCCAGGACUGCUGAGACGAGUGUCCUCAACUUGGACCACAACAACAUCAGCCACAGGAUUACCUACACUGGAGCCAGCUCCGGUGAGAAGGGAUCGCAGUGCCAGCAUCAAACCUCAUGAAUCAUCUUCAUCCAGCACUGACUCCUGGAACAACUCAAUUCUGAUGACAAUCACGAAGAGCAGGUCCUUCUCCACCUCCUACGCCAUGUCUUCUACCAACCACCUGAAUGCCAAAAGGCAGAGCCGGCAAGGUAUCCCGCCAAAUAUUUCACCUCUCACCUCCCCAUGCCAUUCACCAAUUCAGGGGACACCUGCCACAAGUCCUACCGGAAAAACAUCUUCCGUGUCAUUUCCAGACUCUACAGAUAUUGACACCAAGCAAGGCUUAAAGCCACAUAAAGUCUUAACUUCUACACGGAGUGCACCUAGCUUAUCAGACCCUAUUAUCAGCCCAUCUGUCAUCUGCAGCAGCUGUGGCAGACCCUAUAACCAAAUAGAAGCUGGUGAUGGCACUCUAGAUAGGAAUGAUGGUACCACACACACCCUGAACAGAACAGAUGAUCCUGCACAAGCCACUUCUGACUAUGAGACCAACAACAGUGAUAGCAGCGAUAUCGUACAAAAUGAUGAUGAGACAGAUUGUUCCAAAGAGCAGAUACGGAAGGGAUCUGUCUGUAGGACGUACACGCCUGAGACCAUCAGUUUCUUAGACAAGCCUGUACUUGCUCCUGAGCCCCUGGUAAUGGACAACUUGGAUCCCCUGAUGGAACAGCUAAAUAAUUGGAACUUCCCGAUCUUUGAUUUGGUGGAAAAAAUUGGAAAGAAAUGUGGUCGGAUUCUCAGUCAG